CGGGCCGCAGCGCGAGCUCACUUUGAAGGGAGCGGUGGUUGGUGCGCGAGCCGAGGUUGAGAACAAGCAGAUCCACAAUUCGAAGAGAGGUCAAGGACAGCAGGUUGAGUUGCAGACAUUAAGUUUCUCACCCAAGCAAAAGAAAAGGCUUUAGAAUUCGCAGGAGAGGAGGAACUCUGGACCGUGCAGCUGGAAUGGCCAGGCCAAAUGAUAAGUGUUUAUCCAACUCAGUGCUGGUGUAUAGCAAUCAGGCAGCACAUGAAGAAUUAUGUCGUGCUCAUGCUGUGAUGACCCUCAAAGUGGUUCCUUUUGCUCUCUACUGCAAUUCCCUGCUAUCAAAGACCAAACAAACCUGAAGAUUCCACUUAUGGGGUCAAAGGGACCGCUGUUCCAGAGAAUGCAUCAUCACUUGCCUUUCUCCAAAUUCAAUCAGCGCAGUUAUAUCCAAGUGGAUUGCAUGUAGCAAUUAGGUUACAAUCUGUUGAUCACAGAACAAACACAUCUCAGUAUCUGAGGGAGAAUAAGACAACCAGGUUAAACUCCCCCAAACAUUUGGAGGACCUCUGGGGACGAGAUCUCGGCUGAGCCCCAUUAUGAUAACUGGCCUCUGUUCGCAACCAUAAGAAGACUGCUGGAGCAAAAUAUUUUGGAGAAAUUACAAUGGAAGCUAAGGACUAUUCUUGGAUUCAAGAAAAGUACUGUGAAUCUCCUCUAACAGCUGAAGAUAUUUCUGAGACAAAUGAAAUUGAUUGUUGUGAGCUUGGAGCCAAAUGGAGACUAUGCAAAAAUAAAUUGAGCAAGGAAAAUACUAUGUCUUCAGAAACACAUUUCUCAGUUUUUCAGACUGAAGAUACUAUUUCUGACCAAAUGUUAAAUUUUUCUUUAAAUGGAACAACAUGUGAAAACAAAUUUGGUGCACAGGUUGAUGAAUCAGAUACCACUGCCAAUGCUCAUGAAAGUUUGUUCAUGGAAAAAUAUAAUGGGGAUGAUGCAUUACUCCCAAUCCCAAGCCAGAACUGGAGUUACUUUGAGUCUUUCAUAAAUGAAAACAAAGAUGAAUUUUUAGACCUUUGUGCAACAAGUGACUUUUCAGCUAACUUAAUUAGUGAAGAAGACAGUGACAGCUUUUUGUUUGAUGAUGAAUCAACGCUAAGUAAUGACGUAUGUUCACUGAAGAUAAAGUAUGAAUCUUUUCAAGACAAUGUGAGAGAGAAAACUAAUGCUUUUCAAGGUGAUGCUCAAGUGCAUGUUUUUCCCAACAAGCAAUGUAAUGGAACCAAAAAAGAUGAGAAAAGUCCCAAAAAAACUAAUUCUUCUGUUCAAGAAAAGCAAGGGGAACAUGACAGUCUAAAGCACUGCACCUUGUAUGAAUUAGAAAAUAACAAAUGUGUUCUCUCCGGUAUUUUUAUGGACAGUUGGAAAGACCGUGAGAAUCCAGUAGAUUCAGUCUGUUUAUCUUCAAUUCUAAAUGAAGAUAGAGAAAAUUGGGAGCUAUUAAGGAAAAGUACGAAAAGGUAUUCAAAUCAAACCAAUUAUACCUUGAGGGCAAAACGGCAGAUACGGUACAGCGAUGAUUAUUUGUAUGAUAUUGAUUCUUUAGAGACCAUGAAAUCUCUGGGCAAAAAGGAUCAUCUGGUAGAUGCUCCACAGGAAGAUGAUGAUGACUGGUACCCUCGAAAAAGGAAAAAACCUGGGAAAAAGGAACCACCUGUUAUUAUCAAAUAUAUCAUUGUUAAUCGGUUUAAGGGCCACAAAAACAUGCAUGUAAAAAUCUGUAGAUUAGAUUGCACAGAGAGACAAGUAUUACUGACUGAUGAAAUGGUACAAAAAUAUAAAAAGCUUUCACCACUCAAGGAAUUUUGGUCUCCAAUUCCUAAUAAUUGUAAUGUGUGUCAUAACCAAGAAAAACUUGAUAAAAAACUGAAAGUCUGUUCUGGUGCUGGAAUGUCUUAUGUGUUCUUUUCUUCUAAAAAUAAAAAACAAACACUUGCUAAUGGGAUGUCAUCAAUUAAAAUAGGAUGCACUUUGAGUCACCAAAAAGACAAUGUCAUUGAAACAGAUGCUACAAAUACAGAAGUACCCAAGAAAGUAAAAAAAUAUGAUAAGUCAGUUUAUGAAUUUACAGAUGAAAUAGAACUAAAGCGCAUCACCAUUCGGACUGUGAGUAAGACCAAUCAGUUAAGAGUCCUGCAUGAAGACUCUUCCUUACAAAAGCUACCGAAGAAACACAACAUGCCUUCAAAGAAAAGAAGAGCAAGUGGUCUGGUUGGUAAAAAUACCUAUGACAGAAAUUCUUUACAAAUUGCAAAUGAAAAGUCUCAAGUUCCAAAUGUAGACAUGCCCAAAAUUCCAGGUCAGUUGAAUUCUGCUUCUUCUUUACUUCACUUUAACAAUACUAGCUUACAUUCCCCAGCAUUCAGUGAUAAAUUAGAAGCUCAUAAUGGUUUACUUUCUCCAGUUCUAGCUACAAGUUUCCCAGACUGUUCUGCUUCUAAUACACGCCUGGCUCCAGAAGUCCUUGGAGAAUAUUUCCGAUCUCUGCUGCAUGGGGAGGAUUCCUCAGUUAAUGAAAACAUCCAAGAUUGCUUUCAACCUCCCAAUGCCAAAGGGCAGAACAAUGAACGUGUAACAGAAAAUACAUAUUUUCCUUCACUACAAAAACAAACUGAUGAAGCCUCCACAGGGAGCAACUAUAGUGAAUCAAAUACGCUUUAUUUGGCAGAAAAGCCAAACAUCCAGGAAGCUUGGGAUGUAGAGACAGUGCAGAAUGUACAUCCACAGAGUGUAAUGGGAAAAGAUCAAAUUUCUUUGUGCACAGUUAACUCUCAGAAUGAGAGGCUGCAUUUUGGAGUUGAGAAUAGAACAAUUGUAAACAGUAACAUAAAUCAAUAUGACUUGAAGAUGUCCAGUAAUCAAAAUGAAAUAAGUUCCAACUUCAGUCAAAAGGCAUCAAAAGAAGAAACAAAGCAACUGGUUCCUUCAAAAGACUCUCCAUGUAUUUUAGACAUUUCAAACUUUACACCAGCAAAAAUAAAGCAAGGUUCUUCUAAAUUUUCGCAGGAAUAUACACCAAAAAUAGUCUCCACAGCAAGCAAAUCUGAUAUUAAAUCUUUGGAGCAGUGCAGCCAAGCUCACCUUCCCAGUAAGACUACAUCACCAAAUUUGUAUAGAUAUCAAUGUGAGGUAUGCAGUGAACUAUCCCAUACAGAUAUCCACACUUACUACACCAAUAGUGACCCAACAUGUGUUUCCCUUUCACAACCUGCACAAUCUUCCAUUCAUCCACAAGAUUCUGAUAAUGUAAAUUCAAGUAAUUACAAUUAUUCAAAAAUUAAUAAAUCAAUAAAUUCCACAAGAAAAAGAUUUACUAAAUCAAAUGAAGGCUUUUGGGACAACAUUGCUGUUCAGAAGAAGCAGAAUUGCAAUGCUGAGGUGAAAAGUUUUGAAAAGGACAGUGUAUCACCAGAGGAUUAUAAAGCCAUUGUAGUUCAAGGGAACUCCUCGGAUACAUUAUAUGCAAAUCAAAUCUGCCAACAUGAAAAAAAUUAUAAAUCUAUAAAAGGAUUUACUAAUAAAGAUUCAGAAGUUUGUACAAAGCUUGUGAAGAAGGAGCUGUUGAAUGCAAAAACUAAACUUGCUAUAAAAGAACCAAAACUGCAUCAAAAAGGUAAAGGUAAAGAGUCCUAUGAUGGUGUAUCUCACAACAUUACUAGAGAAAGCAGACAGUUAAAUGGUGGUCAGAGAGAGUUUGAGGAACCCGGUAAUAUACUUUCCAACAUAGUUUCUGGAAUGGCAGCAGUUAAUCAGUUUAUGAUGGCUCCAGUGGAACCAGUCAUGAAUCAAAUGGCAGCAGUUAAUCAGCCUUUGGAAGUGCAAAAUCAUUCCAAAUGGAAACCAAAGCCAAUGCGGAUAUUGCACAUUGGUACAAAAGAUCCGAAAAGUAAGCCAAUGCAUAUUUCUGAAUGUAAUGCAAACAAUGUGGGUGUUAAUAGUUACCCUGUAAAUCACACUGCUUCCUGCUUUACUCUCAGUGUUUGUCAUUCCAGUACACAAAAAGCUAAUUGCAACUGUGCAAGCAAUACACUUUACGAAUGAAAUAGGAAAAAUAUAUAAAAUGAACUUAAUAUCGUUAUGUUACCUUGGUGCAUAGCAAUGAUGAUGUUUCUCACUUGUAUACAUCCUUCAACUGAUUUAUCCAGCAUAGGUUCCUGUAAGUAAUGUUCACUGUACCAAGUAUUUUACAAUCUUGCCAAACCAAAAUGUACACUGUCUUAAAUAGACAUCGCCCAAGAACUGCAGACAGUUUUGUAUAUAUUGCUGUUUGAAAUUUCUGCCUUUUGCAAUA